AUUAUUACCGAUUGGAUCGGGGGAUAAAAAGAUCCAAGCUUAUAAUUUUCGGAUGUGCCUCACCAACGACACCAGGAUUAGGAUAAAUAUUACUAAACCCGACGGUUAUGAUCCAGCUAUUUUUGAACUGUACCUGCGCGAUCUAUUAGCUAAAGGUCAUCAUAAUAAGACAUCCGAUUUGAAUACACCAGGACCACAACUACCUGGGUACUCGCCAAUGCCUCACAAUAAAUCUGAUUAUAACAUGGGUGAUUAUGUUGGUAUGAAUCACGAUUACGCGAACGGAAGUUACGAAGUAAGACAAAAGAUAUUUAACCAGCACAAAACCUAUAGUCUGGGACUAAUAUACUUCAUGCAAAAUGACCCUCGUAUGCCAAAAGUGACCAAGAGCCAUAUGGUGGGCUGG